AUGGAAUCCCCAGGCGACCAGCCAUCUCCAGCUCCCGACCCCGACGUCGAGCUACCAAACGGCAAACGACGAUGGCGCCGGAAUAGAGUGGCCUGCGACUCAUGCCACGUUCGCCGCGUACGAUGCGACCGCGCCUUUCCCUGCUCGCGAUGUCUGCGCGGCAACGUAAAUUGCGAAUUUACCCGCGAGCGCCGAAAACGAGGGCGCAUCGCGAGGGAUAAGCCUACAACCACAACUCCGAGUGCUGGGGAAAGGCCACCGCGGGGCCGCACCGAACCUACACAAGCGAGCGGGGAACACCAACGGGCGUCGCAGUUGCAGCAGGCCCUGUCGCCGGGUGAAAAUAGUUCCCCUGCCUCGACCUUCCAACGUAGGUCGCCAACGACAAAUGAGAUCAGCGCUCUGUCGGCGCCUAGCGUCGACGACCGUCGGUCGGUGGUUGGCGGUUCACAGCAGCAGGCAGGACCGAGCGCGAACGUUACGGAGGAAUGGCUUUCAGCGGCGCAUCUGUCGCCAGUCUCGUAUGAAUUACUAGGAGGAAUAGGCGGCGGUGAUAGACCUCUGCCCCGGUUGUUGGAUCCUUGGAAUCCGCUCGACGCGGCCAGUCCCCGACCGUCUACGCAUCCUCCACCAAUGCCGCCUAAAACGGGGCCGAAUCCCCCAAGACAGGGACAGCCGUCAGCACCAUCGGCGCCAUUGAAAUAUCCGGUUCUGGAACCUGUUAUGCCUUUUCUGGAGUCGAACCUCCCGCGUCGAUUGGUGUGCGACCUGUUGGAACUUUACUUUACCAGUGCUUUCUCGACUCAUAUGCACCCUGUGUGCCACCAUAUCCAUUGCUACGUUCUGCGAAAGAGUUCCUUUCUCAGCACCGACCAUCCCAGACCCACUAGUCCAGCUUUGUUGGCGAGUAUGCUCUGGGUUGCUGCUGUCGAUGAUCGGGCGUUCUCUCUGUCAAUCUCACCUUUACAGCGGCGGAAGAUAUGCCAAUUUCUCUGUGCGUUGAUUAUUCGGUUGCUGCGGCCUUUGAUACACGUUUCAUUCAAAGACCAGGAUCCAUCGUCUGUUGAGCAUGGGGCGACAGCUCAAGACUUUUCUGGCGCUGCUGCUCAGCACCCAUUCGAAGGGGGUGGGGAUGAUAAAGGUCUCGUCGGCCCUGCUGGCUCUUUGGAUGAUGUUAUAACAUACAUUCAUGUGGCCUCCAUCAUCUCGUCCAGCGAACAGAAAGCUGCAAGUAUGAGAUGGUGGCAUGCAGCCUUUACACUAGCCAGAGAGCUUAAACUAAACCAAGAAAUGGAGAUCACGCCAAACAUCGACAGUCUGACCGAUGGUUCAAGUCCAUCAUUCGGCUACGGUCUAGGCGGAUGGCCUAGUUCCCCUGGCGGAUUGAGCUUCGACUCGGACCUGUCGCGGCCGAGCAUGAACUGCGUCUGUGAGAAGAAGCAUGACAUACAAAAUGGGGCUAUUACAGAAGAGCAUCGUGAAGAGCGACGCAGGACUUGGUGGUUGUUGUACAUCAUGGACCGCCAUCUGGCAUUGUGCUAUAAUCGUCCUCUGGCUUUACUAGACGCCGAGAGCGAAGACUUGUUACUUCCUCUCGAUGAAAGCUCAUGGCAAGCAGGUGUCAUUCACAGUAAUAGUCCUCGCCCGGACGGACCUCAGUGCCCUCGCUCCGGCGACCAGAACAAACGUCGUAUUUUCCCUAACUUCAUUUGCCAUGACCAUUCAAUCCUCGGCUUCUUCCUCCCACUCAUGACGAUUACCGGCGAGUUGAUCGACCUAAAUCAGGCGCGAAACCACCCUACUCUGGGCGUCCGCCUUCAAGGGAAGGAGGCAUGGGACAUCCACGUGUCAGAAGUGAUGCGGCAACUCGAGAUCUACAAAGCCAGUCUCACGACCUUUGUGGCGGCCACAGCGGCCGACCCAGAGGCCUCCUUAUCAACUACCUACAAUAACGACUCCGCCCAACCCGUCGACCCGCACUUAUCCCAGGCCUAUUCUUGGCACACCCAAACCGUGAUCGCCUACUCAUCAUAUCUAACCCACGUCCUGCACAUCCUCCUCGUCGGUAAAUGGGAUCCCGUUUCCCUAAUCGAAGACAAAGAUUUCUGGACAUCGUCUCCCGCCUUUGCAUCGACCAUCUCGCACGCUCUCGAAGCCGCUGAUUCCGUGCAACAAAUCCUCCGCUUUGAUCCCGACAUCAGCUUCAUGCCAUACUUCUUCGGCAUCCAGCUCUUACAAGGCAGUUUUCUGCUUCUACUUAUUGUCGAACGCCUUCAAAAGGAGGCGGGUGAGGGCAUUCUCAAUGCCUGCGAGACUAUGAUCCGAGCGACGGAAUCGUGUGUCGUCACCUUGAAUACGGAAUACCAGCGCAGUUUCCGACAAGUGAUGCGUUCGGCGGUUGCCCAGGCCCGUGGCCGCCCGGUAAACCCGAGCGAGAUCCGGCAUCGUCGGAAAGCUGUACUUGCCCUUUAUCGGUGGACGCGAAAGGGGACUGGUUUGGCUCUCUAA